GGAGGGAUUUAGGGCUCUUCCUCUCUGUCUUUACUCUUGUUCUCAUUCUCUCUCUCUCAAAACUUAAUAUUUAAAUAUAGUGUAGUGUUGUGCAGUUUAGAGCUCUUGAAACAUGAUGGCAGUGCGUAGUUUGGGGAUAUUUUUUGGAGUUCUAACUAUUCUUGGGACUUUAAUGGUUCAAGUGCACUGUAAUGAGGAGACACAUCUGAUCAGUGAUUUGUUCAAAGGCUACAACAAGAAUAUUCGGCCGGUGGUUCAUCCCGAAGACAAGGUGGAGGUUCAGAUCAAGCUGACCCUCACUAACCUUAUCUCUCUGAAUGAAAAGGAGGAGACUCUUACGACCAAUGUGUGGAUCGAGAUUCAAUGGACCGACCAUCGUCUUGCCUGGAACACAUCUAAAUAUUAUGGCAUUGAUAUUAUUCGUGUCCCGUGCAAAACUGUUUGGCUUCCUGACAUUGUCCUUGAGAACAACAUUGAUGGCAAGUUCGACGUGGCUUACUAUGCCAAUGUGUUGAUCAGCAGUAGCGGCUGGAUGUACUGGCUGCCUCCUGCGAUCUAUCGGAGCACUUGUGCCAUCGAGAUCACCUAUUUCCCGUUUGAUUAUCAAAACUGCACGCUAGCAUUCAGAUCCCAGACGUACAGUGCCAAUGAAGUUGAUCUCAUCUUGGCUGUAGGAGAAACAGGAGAGACUAUUGAGUGGGUGGACAUCGACCCUGAGGCUUUCACAGAGAAUGGCGAGUGGGCCAUUGUCCAUCGUCCAGCCCAGAAGGUGAUCAACAUGCGGUACUCUCCAGAUGACCUAGAGUAUCAGGAGAUCAUGUUUAAUCUGAUCAUCCAAAGGAAGCCCCUCUUCUACAUCAUCAAUAUCAUUCUGCCCUGCUCACUCAUCUCCUCACUGGUGGUACUGGCUUACUUCCUACCUGCACAAGCCGGGGGACAAAAGUUGACUGUGUCCAUCUCUGUCUUGCUGGCUCAGACUGUCUUCCUCUUUCUUAUUGCUCAGAAGAUCCCUGAGACAUCGCUUUCUGUCCCUCUCAUCGGCAAGUACCUGAUCUUUGUCAUGUCUGUCACCACUCUCAUUGCCACUAAUCAAAUUGUGGUGCUGAACUUCUCCCUGCGCAGCCCCAGCACACAUACCAUGUCCCACACCAUCAAACAUGUGUUCCUGGAAAUGGUACCUCGCUUCCUUGGCAUGUCUCCACUGGUGGAUGACAGUGAGGUGACAGAGGUAAAUGGAGUGAGGGAGCGCCGGCGCAGCUCCUUUGGCCUCAUGCAGAGAGCAGAAGAAUAUGUACUGAAACAACCCCGCAGUGAAAUGAUGUUUGACAAACAGCGAGACAGGCAUGGUCUCACACGAUCGAUUGUGGAUAAUAUAGAUGUCAGCAGCACAGCCAACCUGUAUAAAAGUUUGGCCCAAGCUGCGCCUGAGAUCAAGCAAUGUGUGGAUGCCUGCAACUUCAUUGCUGAGAGUACAAGACAACAAAAUAACAUCGGAUCUGAAAUUGAAAGCUGGGUCCUGAUCGGGAAGAUGAUUGACAAGGUGUGCUUCUGGGCUGCCAUUUUCCUCUUCAUCUUCGGCACAGUGGGGAUCUUCUUAACAGGACACUUCAAUCAGGCACCUGAAUUUCCGUUUCCUGGACAGACCAAAAAAUAUGCCCCAAGUUAAAAAGAAGAAGAAGAACAAAAAUAAAACCUCUGCGCUGACGAAACCCUACGGCGGGUCAGUGUGCCUCAUGCUGCCUUACAGCUGAGUGGUCUUGCUCAUUGAGUCUGAGUCUCAGAUUCGGGGGUUGACUUAACUGUGCUUUAAUAACAGAGAUUUAACAACAAAGCUGUUUGUGUUCACACUAACAGGUCAGACCUGUCUUUGUGAAUACUCAUUAGGCACCCGAGUUUUCAUUCAAACUUGUCACUUAGUCAUAAGUUCUCCAGCUUAGUGUAAAUUCUUUGGAUGUACACAUUAAAUGGGUGGACAAGGUCUAGUUUAGAAAGUGAUACUUUAAAUCAUCCCUGCCAUUAUCAUCAGAAGAAACCUCACCAAGAAUAAUUAUUAUUUGCAUAUUUUGUUGCAUAAAAGACCCAACGAUGACAGUGUCAGCAAAUUCUGACUUCAGGUCAACUCAAUUCACCACCACGCUGAGAAAAUUAUUUCUGCUGCGACAAAGAACUUUUCAAAUCAAAACCACUACGGCACUGUUAUGUAUGACAUGGAGCUGUAAGCACCGUGUGGAAAUGCAUUCAUAAAUAGCAGUAAAAGAGGUUCAGUGACUGAUGAAUUGAGUUUAUUUACCCAUGGUGUGCUAAAGUUGACCAUCUUUCAUAUUUUUAUAAGGAUCAUCAUCUGGAUACGUUUCCCUGCAUGUCUUAUGUGAAGAGUCUUUGCAUGUAACUUGAGCCAGCCAACUCUGAAUCAAAGCCUUAUUCUUCUUACUAUGACUUAUUUAUUAGAAAGUCUUCUUAGAGGUUAAUGGUUCAGAUGGAGAUUGUCUUGAUUCAUUGUGACAUGUUUUUAUAAAAAAUAGUUUGUGCAUUGUGAUUUGUUAUUUGACACACCACAUAAGAUUAGGAAAAUGUGUUGUUAUCUUGAAUUGAGUGUCAAAUUAGUGCUAUAUGUAGUCUUUCAUACAUCACAUUGCAUCUAGAAAAGGUUGCAAAAGAGAGAAAAUGAUCAGGUAACUGUAAUAAGACGUUACAACUGCAUCAUGGUUUCAUAUGCCUCAUGUACGUCUGCUGUUCCUCAGGGUGUUUGCCCCUCUAAGUAGAAACUUAAAGGCACAAACUCCAUGAAAAAGGAAAAAAGAAAACUGACAACACGAUAAAAACCAAUGUACAUAAUCACUUCAGCUUAACUUUUCAAGUUCAUAUUGAUUGUUUUUAGGUCCAGCUGUGUCAGUGGGCAAUGUGUUAUAUCCAGUAUGUUCAUGUGAAACACAAAGACAUACAUGCUCUGAAUGCGUUUGGAUUUGUCAUCAUGUUCUAUCAUUUUUAUUAUGGCUGUAUCAAAUAAAUGUAUCUCAUGUAACACAUUUAUAAUAAAACAUAGGGAUAGUCAUCAUCUUAUGUCACUUCAAAUUGUCAUUUAUUCCUAAAAAUAGCAUGCUCAGUUUGAGUGAUGGAGGCCCACAGCUGUACUUUUCCUUUAAAACUUUUUGAUGUAAGUGUUGUGGUGAUUGAGCACCACCAUGUGGUAUGAACAUGCAUUACACCAAAGUGCACAGUUUAUUUCCUCGUAAAACUGCCACCACAACUAUUCAAUCUUGACUUCCAUUUGCUUGUGUCUGGCGAUUGUUUAAAUUUGUUUUUAUUUCUUUGUAUGAAAUCGUGCGACAUGUCUCAUUAAGAUCACAGGCUCUGAACGGGGAGAAGUAAAAACACCACAAAAAGAAAUGCAGGAAAUACUCUGAGAAAUCUCGGGAAAUAAGGAGAGAUGAAGAAAGACCCACACAUACUUUUCUGGGCGUAGGAAAAACAUUGUUGAUUACAAAAACAAAAUCGAUGUUGUAACAAAAACAUAGUCAGAAGGAUUAAAUGGGGAGUGGUAAUGGCCUAAUGCACUCAGAAAACAAACAUAU